AUGUAUACUCAAGAUGCGAACCAGGAAUCCAACGCGUCUACCUCAGUUCAGUUUUCAUCAGACAACGGUCACAGUUUAACCUUAGACAAAACACCAAGUUUCAUUGAUGCUACCGCGAUAAGCUCAAAGAAGAGAAAGCGAAACGAAAACUCUCUGAGUAAAUAUCUAAAUGAAACGUUUGUGGUCAAGCCGUACCCAGCCCAAACCAUUUCCACCAACAUAUGUACUCUUCAGCCUGUCUUACUCGUACGUCGAUCGGAUUUGCCUCUCUCCUCACUUGACUUCCAAUCGUCAGCCAAAUCCCUAGGCCAAACAAGGCUGUUUGAGGCUGAUCUCAAGAUUCUGGAAUUAGAAGAGCAAUUGGAUAACCAAUCCUUGAUAUUGGUUGCAAGACAUAAAGACUCAAAAUCUCUUUUUGCAUUGGAACGAGAGAGUCCAGGACUUUACGCAUUAUUCCAGAUCGGGUCAUGGGUCAACUUACAACAACUUCUCAAUGUGGCUGUGGCUACCAAACAAGAUUCCUCAGAGCUUUCCUUGUUGUCCGAGACUUCAUUUUGCCAAAAACUUCCACAAUCCAAUAACUUUUCGGUGCCCAACAUCAGUAGCAAGAAACGCAUCGCUAUUCAGGCCCUCCAAUCUAAAUUACGACGCCCUUCUAACUUCGUAGAAUCUCCGUCUCAGCAUAAGGACGAACACCUGAUAGAGUCAAAAAUAGCGCCGUUAUCUAAAAAUUAUCUCCCUCACGAUUAUGGUCAACUCGAAUCUGAGCCGGCUCCAUCAAAUUUAGCCGAAAUUUCCGAAACUAUCCGUACGCAAUACUUCGAGAUUCUCUAUCUUUCAAAGGCAUCUCUAGCUUACUUUGCCAAAGGCCCCCUCUCACGGGCAAGAGCCAUGUUUUUAAAAAGCGGCCAACCCAACAAUGGCUUAAGCGAUCAUAUAUCGUUUCUUGAAAGCCUAAUCUUGACAAUCUCACAUCUCGAUAAGAAAUAUAAAUUUGGAAUACCGCUAUGCAUUUCUUCGAUCGGUAAUGAAUGUAAAGAUACUCAAAAUGGAGAAGGAAAAGAUGCUACAAAGAGGAUUAAAAGAACGUCUAGAAAAAUGAAGCGCGACAAAAAUGGGCUCUACCCUGGCGAGGAUAUAUUAAUACAGAAAUGGUGUUCCACUCAGGAAGAUGAUUUAGAAUUAAGCGUAUCUGAGUUGAGUACGGAGCAGCUCAUCAGAAUCCGGACUACUCAGCUCCGAACCCGUGAAACCCAGUUACAGAUACUACUUAUCCUAGAGGUUUUAGCCCUUAGACCUUUGGAUGUUACUUACGAUCAUGGGGCGAAUCCUGGAAAUAAGCUACUAACUACUUCAAACUCCAGUACAACAAACUAUAGAGAGGUAGGAAUAAAAAAUUUGAAGAAAAAAGGUAGCCUACCAUUACUCAUCGAUAUACAUGUAGAUAGACUAUGUAUCUGGCAAUCAGUUGCAAUAGGAAGCCCUGAAUCAAUAUCAACAGUUUCUCAUCAUACAGCUGCAGUCAAUAAUUUGUCUGAAAUCCAAGUGAAAUACGACGAAAACGCACUAAAAGACUUUAGUACUGACGUCAUAGUUCCUUUUUUUUCAUCUCGUCUCCCUAAUCAAUGUGAGUUAAUAAACAGCAAAUUAGGAGGUCCUGUAGGACUAUCAUCCUCAAAAAUUCAAUUAUCAAAAACAUCGAAGUCAUCUAAACCACCAGGAGCCAUCACAGAGCGGUCUCUUCCUAAAGAGGCACGACGAAGUGGCAAACAAACUCAUUCCAAAAAUGAAGAGAAUAGAAGAGACCAGGGGAAAUCCCAUAGCACUCUCCCCAGUGUUAAGUCAAGUCGUUCAGUGCCAACAAUAGCAGCUAUAAGGAAAGUAACACGAAUGCCGUCAUCAAUUAAGUGCACUUCUAAAAUCGAAGCUCUCGAGGCAAACAGGUCCGGGGUCUUUCGAUCAAAACGAUUUGCGCAACGAGAAGUAAAUUUUAACUCGAUCGUCGUUGGGAUGGAUAUUAAAGCCAAAAAGGAGGCUAUUAAAGCGAGCAAAGAUGCUAAAAUUGAAUCCGGGCUCUCCCAUGCUAUAUCCCUGCUGAGGAAACCAAAUCGUCGGCUGGCUGUCGAGGACUUAUUUCAGCCUGAUGAGACUGAAUACACAAGCCCCUUGGAUUUACAAGAUCCUAAGAUAUCUAAGCGAGGUCCUAACUUAAACAAAGUGCAAAUAUGUGCAACUCCGAAGUCACAUCGGACAAAGGUUUUUCCUCUUAACUCUCCAGUUUAUAACCUUGAUAUAUCUAGAUCCUCACCAACUCAAUCGCCCUCCUCUCCAGGAAUGGCUCACAUAAAAGAAAGUCAACUGUAUCCAAUCCAGGUUACCCCAACCAAAAGAUCUAAGCCAUUGAUUUCAAGGGACACUAGAGAAGAAGACAGCCAUAAUCAGCCUUGCUUUCACUUCCCACUUUCAUCUAACCAUCAAAAAAAUUCUAACCUGUUUCUUUCAGCAAAAGAACUUUUUGUUGAGCCUAGGAAUAUUCAUGAAGAGAGGUGUGGAGUCAUAGAUACACCAGUCAAAGGAGUUUUAAAUGAUAUAAGUUGCUCUAAAUCUUUGAAUGAAUCUACAAUAAAAAUGGGAGGUUUAACUCACGCGAAGACUUUCAACGAAAGUACAGAUAAUGAUAUAUAUGAAGAACUUGGAUGGAACGAAGAUAUUAUAUAG